AUGGUUAAAAGUAUCAUUAGUUAUGGUAGUGAAGUAUGGCCUUUGAAAGAAAGAAACCUUAAGUUACUCGAAGCAACAGAAAUGGACUUCUGGAGGCGCGCGGCCAGAAAAUGGAAACUGGAUAGAGUUAGAAAUGAAAGAAUUGAGAACAUCAUGGGCGUUAAACACAGAAUAUCAGAAGACAUCAAAAUUAACCAACUCAGGUGGUACGGACACGUACAAAGAAUGGAAGAGAACAGAAUACCGAAAAAAAUACUCAAUUGGACACCACAAGGCAAACGCAAAAGAGGAGGGAUACCUAGAUGGAGUUGGAGAGAAUGA